GAACAUCAGAAGACAGAAUAUCUCCGGGCUGUGAUAUGGACCAUGUGCCGCCGGCGAGAUAAGAGCCACACUAUGUGCCUGCACUGCCGGCUGUGGUAUAACCUGUACUUGAAACUGAUUGCCUGCUUCUUGAAUAUCAACCGUAACCGUCGGUCUAAAAAGGCUUUAAAGAAAUCAACAAAAUUACUACUCUGAGCUGGACUAUUGCAACUUUUCAAUAUGCCAGUUGAACUAGAUCCACCCCCCGGAACUGUUCUCCUUCUUGAAUUACAUCGAGAUGUCACAAACGAAGAAGAGAUCAUACUGCUACCUACACCAUCUGACGAUGUCAACGAUCCGCUGAGAUGGUCAAAAUGGCGGAAAUCGUUUCACUACGGGCUCGUCACAGCCGUCAGCAUAGCCGAGUUUACAUUACUAUCCAUACAAACAACUUUUUGGACCCAGAUGCUUGCGGAGAUGGAUGUCGACUACGCAGACUUGACCAAUGCGCAGGCUGUGCAACUUGUCGGUCUGGCUGUCGGCUGCAUCUUCGUCAUCCCCUUUACCAGGAAGUACGGCCGCCGUUCCACAUAUAUUUUCUCGACAGCUUUACUGGCAGCAUCGUGUUGGUGGGCGGCGUACAUGAAGAGCCGUGUUGAGCUCUACAUAACCUCCUUACUGUUUGGCCUUGCAGGUGCUCCAAAUGAGACUGUGGUGCAGAUGAGUAUAACGGAUUUGUUUUUCCUCCAUCAAAGAGCAUCGGCCAAUGCCGUGUACUUCGUCGCCGUCAUGAUGGGCAGCUUCCUCACGCCGAUGAUCGCGGGAUACCAAGCGUCUAUUACUGGCUGGCGGGACUCAUACUUCGCACUAGCCAUAAUACUUACCCUACUCACGGUCGCCUUCGUUCCUCUGUUCGAGGAGACCAAAUACGUCCCACUCACCAAUGAUAGUGAUACAGGAGGCAGAGUCCAGAUACCCGCAGAGUCGCAGUACACUCCAAACAGCGCCCGACCGAAUACGAACGAGAAAGAUAUCAAGAUAGCCCUAAAUGCGGACCCGGAGCUCCUAGCCGCCCGCGUAUCAUCGCAUGCGGUGGGAAUGGCGCUUCCGCGCCCCAAUUCGUGGCGGCAGCGCCUCCGAUUUGUCACGCCGACGGGCGAGCCGCUCCUCAAAACCGCAUACUACCCACUGUACACCGUGUGCCUGCCGCACGUCGUGUUCUCGGCCGUACAGUUCGCACAAGCGGUGUGCUGGCUCGUGGUGGUCUCCUCCAUGAUCUCCAUAAUCUUUGCCGCGCCGCCGUAUAGCUUCGAUUCGGCCGGGCUCGGGUACAUGUUCGCCGGCCCUUUCAUCGGUUCGAUAUUCGGCAGCAUCUACGGCGGCCCGCUCCUGGACAGAGCCGCUGUUUACUUCGCCAGGCGCAACGGUGGCGUCUACGAGCCGGAGAUGAGGCUUUAUCUCUUCCCUUUCCAGGCUCUUGUCAUGGCCGGCGGCUUGAUCAUGUUUGGGAUCACGGCAGACAAGGGGUGGCACUGGAUAUAUCCCAGCAUAGGCGCCGGCUUCUUCGGUUUCGGCAUGGGUGCGAGCGGCGAUAUUUGCUUCACCAUGAUCCUGGACACAUAUCCCGAGCUCGUCUCGGAGGCAUUUGUGCUCAUCACCUUUAUCCGCAACUCGAUCAGCAUUCCCGGGCCGUUCUGCAUCACACCUUGGCUCGCGGCCAUGAGUGUUAGCAAUAUGUUUAUCACGGCUGGCCUCAUCUCGCUCGGCGUGUCACUGUUCUGUAUUCCGUUCCUCGUCUGGGGCAAGAAAUGGCGGGUUGGGCUUGCUCCGUUCUACCGCGGGCUGUGUGAUGGAGUCACUGGCGUUCGUCGCUGAUACACACAUUUCAAACUUUGUGGUCAAUAUUUUGAGGAUAUAUUGGGUCGGGGUUUCAGUGUUGCAGAGCCAUUUCUGGUUCAAUUCCGUCGGUGUGGGCGUAAACAUAUUUACGAUCAGAAAUGUUUCACAGAGCAAUAUCCGUUGAUCGGCCCCGGAGAGAGGACGUCUUGAUGCAGCUUAGGCAAGAAUCAGGACUAAUGUGGCUGCACGUAGGAC